AACUCUCACUCCUUCUCUCUGCUAUCGUCUUCCUUUCGCACUCACUUCGCUCCAAUUCCCACAAACUCAGCCCUGUUUCUCUUCCUCUUACGAUUCACAAUGCAGCAGCUCCGUUGCGGCACAGCCGCCGGGACAAUGCUCCUUGCCGUGCUUCUCCUCGUGAGUUCUGCCGCUAGGGCUCACAACAUCACGAAGUUGCUUGCGAAGCACCCGGAGUUCUCCACCUUCAACGACUACUUGACUACUACUCACCUCGCGCCGGAGAUCAACCGGAGAACCACUAUUACCGUCUGCGCUGUCGAUAAUUCCGUCAUGUCCGAUCUCUUGGCGAAGAAGCUUUCUAUUUACUCCAUCAAGCACACGCUCUCGCUCCAUGUCCUCCUAGACUACUACGGAGCCAAGAAGCUUCACCAGAUCACCAAUGGCACUGCUCUCGUAGCGACUAUGUUUCAGACCACCGGCGCUGCUCCCGGUGCUUCCGGUUUCGUCAACAUCACAAAUUUUAAGGGCGGGAAGGUAGGAUUUGCUCUUCAAGAUAGUGACGCCAUUGAUGCGAUGUUUGUGAAAUCUGUGGAGGAGGCUCCGUACAAUAUCUCUGUGAUUCAUAUCAGUAAGAUCUUGCCGUCGGAAGUGGCGGAGGCUCCAACUCCGUCUCCAAGUGAGAUGAAUUUGACCGGAUUAAUGUCCGCUCACGGUUGCAAGGUCUUCGCCGAUGCGUUUCAGGCCUCCGACGCUGCGAAGGUUUUUCAGGAAAACGCAAUCGGUGGAUUGACGAUUUUCUGUCCUGUUGAUGACGCUUUCAAGGCGUUUUUGCCGAAGUAUAAGAACUUGACGGCCGCUGGAAAGACAUCGUUGCUCGAAUACCACGGAUUGCCUGUUUACAUGUCUAUGUCUAUGCUUAAGUCCAACAAUGGCGUAAUGAACACCUUGGCUACAGACGGCGCCAACAAGUACGAUUUCGUCGUGCAAAACGAUGGCGAAGUGGUCACUAUCCAAACGAAGGUUGUAACCGCCAAGGUCACCAGCACGCUUCACGACGAGCAACCAGUGGCGAUCUACACGAUCAACAAAGUUCUGAAGCCAAGAGAGCUCUUCAAGGCUUCUCCGUCUCUGUCACCGUCACCGGCUCCAGCGCCCGAGGAGGAGAAACCUGCCGACGCGCCAAAGCCUCAUUCUCGUCGGCACAAGGGCACAACGACUCCUGCAGCAGACUCACCGGAAGAUUCCCCGUCGGACGAAGAUUCGGCAGAUAAGACAGCGGACGACACUGGUAGCGCGGCGAGGCUGGAUGGAUGGAGAUUUGUUUUGGCCGGAAUUUCUGGAUUGGCAGCGCUUCUUCUCCUGUAAGUCGUCCUCUUCACAUUGCCGGCCCUAAAUUAUUUUUUUCCAUAUCCUAAUUUUUUCCUAUUUUUAUUUUUAUUUUAUUAGACUUCGAAUAAUUGUUUUUUAAAAUAAUUCCAAUCGGUUGUAUUGUGCAAUGAAUGAUCUGUCGUGUUUAUUUGUUACUUUUUAUUAUUAUUAUAUUUUUCAGUUUGGAAUGAAUAGAAAUUUCUACUACUGUGAUUUGUUUUGAUAGUGAAACUUUCAACACCGUUUG